UGGGGGACGUUAAGGCAGCUCUGCCGUGCCGUCCGCACGCUGCUCCGGGACGGGCGGCGGGGCGGCAGCUCCGGCUGUAAGCGUGCCUCCUGUGUUGCAGUGCUCGGUGUAGGCCACGGGAACAAGCUCCUCAGCCACCUGUACAACUGCCACCUGAGCAAGGUUUACACAGUUGGGGGGCAGUUUGGUAAAGCUACCGAGGACUUCUCAAACACUGGGAAGCUGAUAGAGAAGACAACGUUUGAUCAUAUCACGAGGGAGAAGCUGGAACGGAUUCUCGCCGUCAUCCAAGGAACAAAUCACAAGGCCUUGCUGAUGCAUUCUAACAUCGAUAUGAAAACACAGGAGGCCUAUGAGCUGGCUGUGAAGGGGCUGAUUCGCCCCAUGGGAAAAAGCCCCCCAAUAAUCACUGCAAUCCGGUGUCUCCAGUUUGCACUCCCUGAAUUCCAGCUAGAAAUUCACUGCUUGCACGAGACCCAGCAGUACCUCCGAAAAGUAGUCCAUGAGAUUGGUCUGGAGCUGAAAUCAUCUGCUGUGUGCACACAAGUGCGAAGAACACGUGAUGGUGUCUUCACGUUGGAUGAUGCUCUCCUGAGAACGCAGUGGAACCUGCAGAGCAUACAGAAUGCAAUUCUGAACUGUCAGCUUAGAGUGAAAACCGAGUUAGAAAAAACAAUGAGCCAUUGGGAUGGAAGUGUUCUUCAGGAGAUGGAUGCUGAGACUGCCCACACCACUGACAGCUGAGUACGUGCUCCAGAGGGAACAUCCACAUCCCCUCUGUAACACAAUAACAGCUACGUGCUGACAGGAUGAUGGACAGCAGAAGGAAAGAGGUUAAUUGCAGUUCACUUCCACCAUUUCUUCGAAAUGACUUUAAUCAGAGAGGCAUUUUUUCAUUGACAGGCUGUAUAGUUUUUUUUUUUAAAGCACUGUAAACAGUUCAUUAACAGGAGUUAGCUGUGCCAAAAUCCCUGUUGGCUUCGGGAUCAUUAGGUUGCUAUGGGAUAUAGAAACCACUUCCCAAAUUGUUCAGCAGCAGGAAACACAAGCACCUUCUUACAGAGCUGUGCUCUCUUGAUUGCAUGGAUCUGUUUGCAACCAGUAGCACAACUCCACUGCUGCACAGGCUUUUAUUUUCCCUAUGUUCCCCUAGCAAAAGUAGUGCCUUUGCUUUAGCCCCACUUUCAGAGCCAGAAAUGAGACUAAAAGAGGGCUGCCGGGGAGGAAAGGCAGCUUACCUCGAGUCCAGAAGGGAAACGGCUGUCGGACAGAGUGUGUGCAGUGCAGAAAGAGGGACUGACACAAAGAUGUUAACAACACAAGGAAUAAAAGUGAAAUUGACGUGAAUGGAAA